GGCCCCUCGCCUUCCUCUUUCCGGCGCGGCCCCCCGGCUACCGCGCGCCGCCUGCCACCAACCCGCUGGCCACCAUGUCGGUGGAGCUUGAGGAGGCCCUGCCGCCGACGAGCUCCGACGGGGCGGCCCGCAAGACGGCCAAGGCGAGCGGCCCUGCGGCGCCCGCGCAGCCCAAGAGAAGGAAGAACCGCAAGAAGAACCAGCCGGGCAAGUACAGCCAGCUGGUGGUGGAGACCAUCCGCAAGCUGGGUGAGCGCGGCGGCUCCUCCCUGGCGCGCAUCUACGCCGAGGCCAGGAAGGUGGCGUGGUUCGACCAGCAGAACGGGCGCACCUACCUCAAGUACUCGAUCCGGGCGCUGGUGCAGAACGACACGCUGCUGCAGGUGAAGGGCACCGGCGCCAACGGCUCCUUCAAGCUGAACCGCAAGAAGCUGGAGGGCGGCCCGGAGCGGCGUGGAACCUCGGCAGCCAGCAGCCCCGCGCCCAAGGCGCGCACGGCAGCGGCGGCGGACAGAACGCCCGCCAGGCCGCAGCCCGAGCGGCACGCGCACAAGAGCAAGAAGGCGGCGGCUGCUGCCGGCGCGAAGAAGGUGAAGAAGGCAGCCAAACCCAGCGUGCCUAAGGUGCCUAAGGGCCGCAAGUGACGCCCCCACGGGCCGGCGACAUUUUCGAGUUUUC